AUGGCCUUCACAGUGAACCCGCUCAGCAAGAUUAUUGCCCUCAGUGGGAUGCUAGCCCUAGGGUUCCUUCUUGUUGUUCUAGCUACGGCGCUUUAUGGGUCUUGGAUGCCAAUAAUCGAUGGCUUUAUCUUUGCCUUUGCCCAUAUUCCGUACCUGCUCACAAACACUACCAUUGGCGAUGACUUCCAGACGGGGUUUGCGGACAUUGACGACACCAGCAGACACAGCGGUGCAGACUUUGGGGGAUGGGUUUCUAGUUUCAUCCUCACCAGCGGUAUAGCGCUCCCCAUUGUGUUGAGCCGUAGUCAGCUUCUGAGCAGCAUGGCGUCUACAUUGACAGUUGUGGGCGGUCUCUGUAUCUACGUUACCAUUGUGCUCUUCUCCUCCUUCUUUGACGGAUUCUCCAACACAAAUGAUCCAUUCUCUAUGUGA